AUGAAGAUCAUGACGAGACCAUCAAGUCGAGACAAGCUUGUAGGGAAGAGGAUAGCCGUCAUAGGAGGCACAUCCGGCAUCGGCUUUGGCACAGCCUGCGUCCUCCUUGAACACGGCGCCCACAUUACUAUCAUCUCAAGCCAACAAGACCAUGUCAACGACGCCAUCCACCGCCUCAACGCUUCCCGCCACUCAACGAUCGACCUCUCCACCCCUGCUCCUCUUCUCGUCAGGGGUUACGCGGGCGAUGUCCGUGACGAGGCCGCCUUCACGACCCUCCUUCGCGCCGCCGCCCCCUUCGACCACAUCAUCUUCACAUCCGUCGACGGGGCCAUCCGCGGCCCUCUCGCGGCAGCAGACCUCACCGAUGCGAGACAUCUCUUCGGCGUCAAAUUCUGGGGCAGCGUCGUGGUGGCCAAAGCCAUAGCCGCGCACGACGACAUCGUCGUGCCAGGAGGUUCGCUGACGCUCACGGCAGGCGUGGUGGGCCUGCGCGCCAGUAAAGGCACGGCGGUUGGAGGUGCAUUAAAUGGCGGGCUCCUCUCGCUGACGCAGGGGUUGGCGCUGGAGCUGGUUGGCAGGAGGGUUCGCGUCAACACGGUGGUGCCAGGCCUGUGCCGGACGGAGCUGUGGGACAAGCAGGGCCACUCACGCGAGGUGCAGCAGGAGGUGUGGGCGAAGGGGGCGCGGGAACUCAGUGUUGGGUUUGUGGGGUGGCCGGAGGAUGUGGCAGAGGCGUAUUUAUUCCUUGUGAGGGCAGAUUAUGCGAAUGGGACGACGGUGGUCAUUGACGGCGGUCAGCACAUAUGAAAGCCUCGAUCAGAUCGCCUCGUUCACCUGAAUGACAGAACAGUGUCUGCCCCUUGGGCUCGCAACGCAAUUCUCCUUGAGAGAAGGCGACGAUACACAACGCCGCUAUCUUUCGUCGGCCAGGCCAAAAAUACGGGAGCAUCCCCAAGGCUGGUAGCACGAAAAGGGUCUUAUUAGACGAACAUAUGGUCUCGUGGCUGCGGGAAGCUGUCUGACAACCAGUUUGAGGCUAAGGGCCAAUAAACCGUGCAGGGCAGCUAGAGAUACCGUGAAUUGCGACCCCUGCCUGCGAGCAUCGGCAGGUAGGUUGCCCAGCAUGCCUUGGUAUUGACAUGAAUGCCAGAAGUCAGUAGUAGAGCUAUCGCAAGGCGGUGCAACCGUCCAGCCUCAAGGUCCAGCCAUCCUCUGGCCUCAGAGGCCACAACAGGCUCUGCAAUGAUCUGUUCAUCUCUCGGUGGCCCCUUCAAUCAUAGAAGAUAUCGUGCUCGAUGAAAGGAGAAGGAAGGAAGAGCUCGAGGUCUGUCAUUGACAUUAGGAGAACAAUUGCGAGUAUGUAAUGAUCUCUACUAAGUAGAGGGACCAACCUAGUCAGGCUUUUGAUUACAGCACUAAAAACCAGUCUCUUUCUUUCCCUC